AUGAGCAGGAAAAGUAUGGAAAAUGCCUCUUCUGUUAGCAGGAACUUUGUUCUUCUUGGAAUUGUGGAGAUGGAAGAGCUGAGCUAUCUCUACUGCAUUCUUUCCCUGUUCAUAUACAUAUUUAUAAUGGUGUUGAGUUUGGAGAUUGUGCUUGUGGUUCUGACAGAAGAAAGCCUCCAUGAGCCCAUGUACAUCUUCAUAUGUAAUCUCACCUUCAACGGAAUGUUGGGCAGCAGCUCUUUCUUUCCCAAGCUGAUCAUUGACUUGUUGACUUCAUCCCAUCAGAUCUCACACGUUGGCUGCUUCCUCCAAGUUCUUGCUAUGAUGACUUAUGCCUUUUUUGAGCUCUCCUCUUUUACAAUCAUGGCCUAUGACAGAUAUUUGGCUGUGUGCGACCCCUUGCGAUAUGUCACCAAAAUGACCAACGCAAAAGCCAUAAAGCUCAUCCUAGGUUUCUUUGCUUACUCGUUUAUUAAUAUCUUGGUUGCGGUUAUUUUAUCCUCAAGACUUACUUAUUGCGGGUCACAAAUCAAAAAUAUAUUUUGUGAUAACCUUUCCCUUAUUGUCCUGUCUUGUGGAGAUUCCUCUGUAAAUAAUGUCUAUGGGGCCCUAAGUACCGUUACUUUGUUGGUUUUCACAUUACUGAUUACUGCUUAUUCCUACCUAAAAAACUUUAUGGUUUGUCUUAAGAUUUCCAAGGAAGCCUGUGAGAAAGCCAUUCAUACUCUGAUCACCCACUUACUUGGCUUUUCUAUCUUCUUGGUUGGGGGGAUGUUUAUUUUCAUACGAUUCAGACUGGGGAACAACAAUCUCCCUCUUUUUUCCCAAGUUCUUCUCUCUGUAACUUUUAUCGUUUUCCCUCCUCUCCUCAACCCUCUGAUAUAUGGAAUAAGGACUAAAGCAUUAAGGGUCAAAAUCUUUCAGCACCUGCACAAAAUAAGAAUCAUAUCCAAACUCUAA